AUGCUGCUAAAUUCAGGGCACGCGGUUAAGACAUGGGUUGAUACGAAGAUCAAAUCGUCAAGAGAAGCCUUCCUCGAAGGGCUCACAACAGGGCUACAAAAUCCAGUAGGAAAGGGAAAGCGAUUAAUAAUAUCACACGUGGGCAGUGAAGAGGGUUUUGUAGACGAUGGUUUGCUGAUUUUGGAAUCAAAAAAGAAAACCGAAGAUUACCACGAUGAAAUGAAUUCCGAGCAUUUCGAGGAGUGGUUAAGGGGUAUUUUACCGAGAUUGAAAGAGAACUCGGUCUUAGUUUUAGAUAAUGCCCCCUACCAUUCUCGAAAGCUAGAACAGACCCCUUCUUCUGCCUGGCGGAAAAGCAAUAUUCAAGAAUGGAUGAAAUCAAAGAAUAUUACAUUCGAAGACAGCAUGGUCAAAGCUGAACUAUUAGAAAUAGUCAAUAAAGAAAAAUCUAAUUAUCAACAAUUAGCCGUGGAAAAGUUGGCUGCUGAACACGGUGUCACCAUUCUGCGACUGCCCCCUUACCACUGCGAAUUAAAUCCCAUCGAAUUGGUUUGGGCGCAAGUAAAGGGGCACGUUGCUAGGAACAAUAAGACCUUCAAAAUGAACGAAGUGAGACAAUUGUUCGAAGAAGGUCUACAAUUGGUGACACCACAGAGAUGGAGUGAUUGUGUUCGGCACAUAAUAAAAGAAGAGAACAAAAUGAUGCAGCUAGACCAUCUUAUCGAUGACGUAUCGGAUACUUUUAUAAUUAAUGUUACUGAUUCUGAUUCAAGUACGUCGAGUGGAAGUGAAUAA